AUGGACUACACAGGCCUCCCCACUCCUGAGAAGUGCACCGCAGAUUUCUGUCUGAUCCCGAUUGGUACCGCCUCGGCUUCAGUCUCGGCGCAAAUCGCCGACGUCCAGCGGCUGAUCGAGCAAUCGGGGGUGAAAUACACCAUGCAUUCUGCGGGGACGACUCUGGAAGGUCCCUGGGACCGAGUGCACCAGGUGAUCGGGCAGGCGCAUACACUCCUCCAUCAACAGGGGAUCGUGCGGAUUCAGACCGAUAUCCGAGUUGGGUCGAGGACGGAUAAGGUGCAGACUGCGGAGGAUAAGGUGAACAAGGUGCGACAGUUGUUGGGCAAGGAUCCUCAAUAG